UUCACAGUCAGAGGCUUGAAAACUUGUUAAAAGCUCUCCCAGUGUUCAAAGUUAGAAAAAACUUUUACGAGGUAUCAGCACUUUUCUUUCAUUAGUGGGGAAGGAAGGAUGAAAAAUACAAAACAGCAGUAGACUUUUAAAGUUUAAAUAGACAGGUCUGAGUGCCUGAACGUGCUCUUCCAUUUUACUUUAACCCUCCAAAGAAGUAUUCUGAUCCAGUUUCACUGCUGAUCAGCAAGGCCAGCAUCCUGUGAAGAUGGGUGAUUGGAGUGCCUUGGGAAAACUUCUUGACAAGGUUCAAGCCUAUUCUACUGCAGGAGGGAAAGUGUGGCUGUCUGUCCUCUUUAUUUUCCGAAUCUUGCUAUUGGGGACAGCAGUUGAAUCUGCUUGGGGAGAUGAACAGUCUGCUUUCCGGUGCAACACUCAACAGCCUGGUUGCGAGAAUGUCUGCUAUGACAAGUCCUUCCCCAUCUCCCAUGUACGCUUCUGGGUUCUGCAGAUCAUAUUUGUGUCUGUACCUACCCUUUUGUACCUGGCGCACGUGUUCUAUGUAAUGAGGAAAGAAGAGAAGCUGAACAAAAGAGAAGAAGAGCUCAAGGUGGUCCAAAAUGAUGGUGUGAAUGUGGAUAUGCACCUCAAGCAAAUAGAAAUUAAGAAAUUCAAGUAUGGGAUCGAAGAGCAUGGCAAAGUGAAGAUGCGUGGGGGACUGCUCCGUACUUACAUCAUCAGCAUCCUGUUCAAAUCUGUCUUUGAGGUGGCUUUCUUGCUGAUACAGUGGUACAUUUAUGGGUUUAGCCUGAAUGCCAUCUACACCUGUGAGCGAGAUCCAUGCCCGCACAGAGUGGACUGUUUCCUCUCCCGUCCAACUGAGAAAACCAUCUUCAUCCUCUUCAUGUUGGUCGUGUCCUUGGUGUCUCUUGCCUUGAACAUCAUUGAGCUUUUCUACGUGUUCUUCAAGGGUGUCAAGGAUCGUGUGAAAGGGAAAACUGACCCCUACUCCCACAGCGGUGCCAUGAGCCCUUCCAAGGACUGUGGCUCCCCCAAAUACGCUUAUUACAAUGGCUGCUCCUCACCGACCGCCCCCUUGUCUCCCAUGUCUCCCCCAGGGUACAAGCUCGUUACCGGAGACAGGAACAAUUCCUCCUGUCGUAACUACAAUAAGCAAGCCAGUGAGCAAAACUGGGCCAACUACAGCGCGGAACAGAACAGAAUGGGGCAGGCUGGCAGCACCAUCUCCAACUCGCACGCCCAGCCCUUCGACUUCUCCGAUGAGCACCAGAACACUAAAAAGCUGGCGUCAGGACACGAGCUGCAACCCCUCACCAUUGUGGACCAGAGGCCUCCCAGCAGAGCCAGCAGCCGAGCCAGCAGCAGGCCUCGACCUGAUGACCUGGAGAUCUAAGCUUCUAGCUGCAGUACUUGCUCAACUAUGAAACGACGUGCAUUGGAAGAUGCAGUCAGUGCUGAUCUUGUUCCAGUGGAGGUGGUACUUAAUAGUCUCAAGCAGGAGAUUUUAACAAUCAUAAAAACAAACAAGCGAACAAACUUUUAAAAUACUUGCUGUUUUUG